AUGAAUACUACUAGUCCACUGCAUCUGAUGGGGAGCAUGAUUCAGUUAGCUGAAAAUCUUGACAAAAAUCUCAAUCCAUUAUCUCAGGAAGAGAUUUUAUUAUUGCUAAUAUUACAAGGAAGAGAAUACACAGAUUUAGUGCUCAAUUUCUUGAAACAAACAGGUUUAGACAAGGCCCAGAUGAAAGAAAUAGUUUCUAGAGUACCCAAAUUGCUAUUCUAUGAUGUUUCAAAAACUCUAAAACCCAAAUUCCAGUGCCUUAUGGAUCUUGGGUUAUCUGGGUCAGACUUGGUGAAUGUAAUUGCUAAAGAUACAACAAUUGUUGACCGAGGUUUAGAUACUCAUUUGAAACCUACCAUUGAUUUGCUUAGGAGAACUUUGGGUAGUGAUGAAAAUAUAGUAGACAAAACCCUCAAACCUAAACUGGAUAUUUUUCAAGAAAUUGGCCUUUCUGGGACUGACUUAUACAAGUUUAUGACGGUGAAGCAUAAUAUUUUGAGAAACGGUUUGGAUACUUGUAUUAGACCUUCACUUGAUUAUCUUAGAAAUUUAUUGGGUAGUGAUGAAAAUGUUGUUAAGGCUUUAAAAAAGAAUUCUUGGUUGCUUAGAUGUAAUGCUCCCAAGACAAUUGCAACUAAUGUGUUGUUGCUUCAAGAUACUGGGCUUUCAGAUGAGAAAAUUAGGAAGUUUAUAUUGCGUUACCCAGCAUUUUCUCUAUGGAAUUGCUGCCAUCAUUUCGUUCCGUCAGUCAACUUUAACAAAGAAGAUUAUGGUUGGUCUGAUGAAAAUAUAAGAACCAUGAUCAGAAAGCAACCUUCUUGUUUGAGAUGCUUGGAGGCGACAAUAUGUAAACAUUUAACUUUUCUCAUGAAUGAAGUUGGCUGCACGUCAGAGUAUUUAGCAUCUCGUCCUAAUCUGUUAAAAUAUAGUUUGGAAAAGAGAAUCAUCCCAAGAUAUAAGGUCUUGAAAAUUUUUAUUGACAAGCUUCUCAAAAAAGGUGUGGGGAUAUACUCAGCUGCUAAAAUGACACCAUCAAAGUUUAUGGAAGAAUGUUUGCUGCCUUACAAGGAUAAAAUACCCAUUGCAUAUGAGUCGUACAUGAAAAGUGUUGGAUGAAUAGAUAUUAUCAGGUUCCACUUUGUUGAGAGGUAAGCAAUUUUUCUUAUUCCGUUUUUGUUAUUGCUGUAAUUCGUUUCUUUUGGUUUCUUUUUUCAAAUUAGGGACUAUAUAUGUCACUGUUAGACUAGAUGCUGUAUUGCCAUUAUCUGAUUGUGCAAAUUGGAAACGAAAUGAAGCCAUUGGUAAGUA